AAUAUUCAACACACUUGAAACUUUAGAGUAAAAAAAAAGACACGAAAUCAAGUUCAAUAUUCAAUUCAAUUCAAUUCAAUGGAAGAUCUCUUCCCUCCUGGCUUUCGUUUCUUCCCUACAGAAGAAGAGCUUGUUAGCUUUUACCUUAACAAUAAGCUACAAGGACAAACAAAUUAUAUAGAUAGGGUCAUUCCUGUCAUUGACAUCAAUGGUGUAGAACCAUCGAAUCUCCCAACUCUUGCGGGGGAGCUUUGUCGCGAAGAUAAAGAGCAAUGGUUUUUCUUUUCGCCAGGGCAAGAGAGAGAAGCGAGGGGAGGAAGACCUAAUAGAACAACUGCUUGUGGGUAUUGGAAGGCAACUGGUUCACCUGGUUAUGUUUAUUCUUCAGAUAAUAAAGUUAUUGGGGUGAAGAAAACCAUGGUUUUUUACGAAGGAAAGGCACCUAGUGGAAAGAAAACUAAAUGGAAGAUGAAUGAAUACAGAGCCAUUCAAGUUUCUAACCAAUCAAAUACUGCCACACCACAGUUGAGACGAGAAUUCAGCUUGUGUCGAGUGUACGUGAUAUCUGGAAGCUUUCGAGCAUUUGAUAGACGCCCAUUAGAAAAGAAAAGAGUUAAUCAAUUGCAGGUUAAUCAUGAGAUUAAUCAAAAUCCAAUUAGUGCUAAUCAAGCUACACAAAUGGAUGCAUCAAGUUCAUUUGAAAAUUCUCAUCUUCACAGUGCUCAAAUGCAAGAGGAUGUAGGAAGUUCAAAUAGCACUAAUUGGGAUGUAAAUAACAAUGACAAUGAUAAUGAUGUUGAUUUCCAAUCACUUUGGGAAUGGGAUGGAGUGUGGUGAUUUUAAAUUUUAAUUGGUCUUAAUUCCAUCUCAUUGUGGGAUCUCAAGCAAGAGACCAAGUCAAGAGUAUACAUGACUCGUUAGAAUAAGACAUCAACCGUGGCUAACAAAUUACAACAGGGAUUAAAUUUGUAACAUAAUUCAUCAUAUUUGUUUAUAAAGUAUAGGAAAAAUAUGAUUCAUUUUACCAAAGAAAAUAAGGUACUUGGAAAUGUGUGUGUAUGUAUUGAAGCGAACCAGUUAAUGAAUAAAAGCAAGGUAGAUUAAUUUUUCUUGAUGAA